GGCGGCGGCGGUGGGGGCAGAGGACAGAGGCCGCCAUGAAGAAAGUCACCGCUGUAAACCAGUCUAACAGGCCGACAGUAAAGAAGCUUGUCUCCAAGACGAGUGUGGGGACCUACAGCCACAGUAAACACAGCUUCAAAAGCAACCGCAGCAUCAUGGGUUUGUCCAGUCGCCGCAGUAUGAACUGGGCAACUGACAAGAUCAGUGAAAAGGGAAACUUAACAGCAUUUAAAAGUUCCGUUCCGGUCCAGGUAUUAGAUGAGUUCGGGAAGGACGUGACACCUCACUCUCUAUUUGUCUUGGAGCCUGGCAUUCCACAGAGCAAGCCCAGCAGACUGUUUGGCUCUCAGGAAGGAUCAGGCUCCGAAUAUCUCCCCUCAAUUUCCGUGUAUCAGACUGCAACUAACGUUAGUCUGGCUGGACCCUUCACCAGGUCCACGUUUGGAAGUGGCAGCAUGUCCAAAUCCAGCCGCUCGACUAUCGAUUUACUGGGAGAAGGAAUUCCAGACACGAGCAUGCAUGAGAUCACCUCUGUGCUAUAUAUGCAGAAAGAGGAGGCUCGCGAACAGCUGACCAAGCAGGACCUCAUGAAAACUAUCGACGUGUACCUGACCGAGACCGAGACCUUCUGCUUCCUGGACAUCCCCGUGGAGAUGAUUUCUGUGGAUUCACCGGAAGCCGAAGAUGUGAAGAAACAAAACGAGGCCUAUGUUCUGCUGUGUAAAGAGCGAGCGGGAAACGAUCGCUUUGUCGAGAGAAUGGUGCAAACUUUCAAUGGAGCGCCCAAGUCCAAAGAGGUUCAGUCUGAGAAGAUUAACAUAAAGGAUGCAGGUGUCACAGCCACGCUCUGGGACAUGCACGACACCUUCCAAGCGAUGGAUUUUGAAGAUCAGAUCAAACAGGAGAAAGCCCAGCAAGUGACUGUUCCUGAGUCCAAAAUUGCCACCAUGAAAAGCUACAGCCAGUCCACGUCAGUCGGGAGCUCCGUGGAGGAUGAGAGUCACUCCAGCUGCUCAGCGGACUCCGAGAGUGUGAUCAUAGUGCAGGUCCCUGUAGAUGUGGAUUACGACACUGAGGAGCUGAUGAAUAACGAGAAGCUGCACCAAAACCUGGUCAUCAUGGAGCGCGUCAUCAUGGAGAACAUCUUCCAGACCAAGCUUGCCGCUUAUCGGCAGCUCCCCGUGUUAACCACUGAAGAAGAGGUUGUUGGGCGUUCGGAAGACAUGGACCAGGCCUCAGGUCUGAUAGCCGUCGUGGUUCCAAGCAUCGAGCAUCUCUGGUCCUAUAGCUGUAACCUCACUGCAGACCGUAAUGUUAGCAGCAUGGUGUGGAACACACAGAAUCCGGACCUGUUGGCUGUGGGCUAUGGGGAGUUUGAGUACACCAACCAGAAGGGAGGCUUAGUCUGCUGCUGGUCACUGAAAAACCCCAUGUGGCCUGAGCGUAUCUAUACGUGUGAGAACGGGGUCACAGCGCUGGAUUUCUCCACAGUCCAUCCAAACCUGCUGGCUGUGGGCAUGUAUGAUGGCACCGUGGCUCUGUACAACCUCUGUGAGCUCAGCGCACUCCCAGCUCUGGAUAGCAGUGAUUCCCUGAACAUGCACACGGGCCCCGUGUGGCAGCUGAAGUGGAUUGAACAGGACCGACUGUCCAAAGGGGACGAGAAGGUAGAGACUCUGAUCUCCAUAUCGGCCGACGGCAGGAUCACCAAAUGGCACCUGGGGAAAGGACUGGAAGCAACAGAUUUGAUGAGGAUAAAACGGUUAGGAUUUCAGCAGUCCAACAAGCUGAUGGAAAAGGAAAAGAGAAUUGAGGCUUUAAUCUCUCGCCAAGCUCCGGGGAUGUGUUUCGACUUUAACCCAAACGACACUAACAUUUACCUGGCCGGCACGGAGGAGGGCUAUAUCCACCGUUGUUCCUGCUCCUACAACGAACAGUUCUUGGAAACUUACGGACUUCACAAGGGGCCGGUGUACAAGGUAGCCUGGUCGCCAUUCUCCACGGCCACUUUCCUGAGCUGCUCGGCUGACUGGAGCAUCCACCUGUGGAUCCAGGAGGUGUUGGUGCCCGUCCUCCACUUCUCCUCCACCACCACCAAGGCUGUGCACGACAUCAUGUGGUCACCCACCUGUGCCACCAUAUUUGGGGCAGUGAACGAGGACCGGGCCGAGAUAUGGGACCUGAGCAUCAGCAUAUUGGACCCCAUUAUUGUGAGCCAGUCUAUCCCCGGUGUGAGGCUGACCACCCUUCUGUUUGCCAAAAACACCAAUUGCAUCCUGAUUGGCGACAGCAAAGGGAAGGUCAACAUCUACCAAUUCCACAACCUGCCUGAGCACGAGAACUCGAUAGUAUUGUUGAACAACAUCAUCACCAGCACCCUGGACACCCGGAUGAACCAAGUGUCCAAGGAGGAGGAGCAAACCAUCCAGUCCUGUGAUAUCCGUGACUGAGCCUUUUUGGCUCCUUUUACCACCGGUGUUUUUUAAAAUAGAAAAUAUACGAUACGUAUAUAUAUUUUUAAAAACAUAAAAUACAAUAUGUUUAAAUAGCGCAGUUUCACGUCAAAGGACAUCUCGAAGCAGGAUAAAACCAGCGUACAACGAGAUGUCUGUACUUAAUAAAGAGGCUUUAGAAAUUA